AUUGACCCCUGUAAAGAGAAAUUCAAGAAAAGAUACCAGGAAUUGCUUGAGAAGGUGAAAAGAGGAAUACAGUCUGAAGAUAAGGACGAUUACUCAGUCUACACAGGAUCAGCAGGAAUUGCUUUACUUUACCUUCAUCUGUAUGAAAUCAGUCCUAACAAGGGAGAUCACUCAUUUCUCCACACAUCACUGGAUUACAUUAGGGGGCACCUUGGUCAUCUGAUAGGAAGGAGACAGACCUUUCUGUGUGGUGAUGCUGGACCACUAGCUCUGGCCACUGUAAUCUACUCACUUCUCGGCCGUCACUCAGAAUCUCAGAUAUAUCUCAAAAGGUUGACAGAUCUGGGUGAAGUUGUUUUAGCAGACAAACACUUACCUGAUGAGCUUCUAUAUGGCAGAGUGGGGUAUAUUUAUUCCCUCCUGUUUGUACAAAAGAAGCUGGGUGAAGAUGUCAUUGAUAAAGCUCUUUUAAAGAGGUUGACAAGGACUGUGCUAGAGUCUGGUAAAGAUUUAGCCAAACAGGAAGGCUUCAGACAUCCCCUGAUGUACCAGUGGCAUGAAAAAUACUACUUAGGAGCAGCUCAUGGAUUGGCUGGUAUCCUUUAUAUAUUGUUUCAAAUUAAGGAUGCAGACCUACAAUCUGAGAUUGAUUCCCUGGUGAGGCCCUCUGUGGACUUUAUGCUGUCUCUCCAGUUUCCUUCAGGAAACACUCCCUCUUCCCUUGGCAGCAGCACUGGAGACAAGCUUGUCCACUGGUGUCACGGAGCCCCUGGGUGGAUCUACAUGUUUAUUCAGGCUUACAAGAGAUAUUCUGACAGUAAGUAUUUAGAAGCUGCUAAACGCUGUGCAGAUGUCAUCUGGUCACACGGACUCCUGAAGAAAGGUUAUGGCUUGUGUCAUGGAACUGCAGGAAAUGGUUAUGCCUUCCUAGCCAUGUAUAAACUGACAGGAGAAACAAUCUACCUACACAGGGCUAUAAAGUUUGCGGAGUGGUGCUGUGAUUUUGGAAAACAUGGAUGUAGAAUUCCAGACAAUCCAUAUUCUCUCUUUGAAGGUAUGGCCGGGGCAACUUAUUUCUUGUCUGACAUUUUGAAUCCAGAAAAUGCUUAUUUUCCGGCAUUUGAGUUGACCUAAUGAUAAAAAGGACAAGUCAAACUAUCUUGAAUUUUUCUUCAUUUUACAUUUUGUUAUAUGUUUCACAUUCACUUCAAUCGUUGAAAAAUAAAGAAUGAAAAGGUA